CACGCGCGCACAGCCCGCAGCUCACGCGCGCACGGAGGUAAAAAAGAAGAAAAAAAAAAACAGGAGAUCGGGUGCGAGCUUCGCGCUGUGGACUCACGCACGGACCUUUGAGGGCGCGCGCACUGCAGUGAGAACUAAACGGAUGUCAGCGUGGUGGUUAGAGAUGGGAGAGGGUCUGGGGCCGCUCUCCCCUGUAGGAUGGUAGCCGACAGCACUGUGGAAGGCCAUGACAAGACCUUGUCGUCGUCGUCAUCAUCAUCCUCGUCAUCCUCCUCCUCAUCAUCGUCGUCGUCGCCAUCAUCCCCGCCCCCCCUGCUGUCCGGGCAGCUCGCUCUCAGGACCCACCCCAAAGAGUCGGAGCACCUUCAGCGGCAGGCCGCUGCGGAUCCCGGCCCGGGCCCGAGGUCGGCGUCCGUCCCCUCCGCGCACCUGACCCACUUCCCCACCUUCUCCUGCAAGGAGGACUGCAAGAUCAUCACGGAGACCGCGUCCAAGCUCGAGCGCAGCGCCUUCUACUGGGGCCCCUUGGGAGUGGAGGAGGCCCACCGCAUGCUGCGGGACGCCCCGCUGGGCAGCUUCCUCAUCCGCGACAGCCGGCAGAAGGACGUCUUCUUCACGCUGUCCUACCACGGCAAGAGCGGGCCGGUCAGCGUGCGCAUCGACUACAAGCUGCAGAAGUUCUCACUGGCGGGCAACGAGCGCUGCUUCCCGACGCUCUUCGCCCUGUUGGAGCAUUACGCCAAUUCUCCCAAGAGGAGCCUGAGGUUCCCGUACAGGAAAUGGAAGCCGACGCUGCAGGAGCUGUGCAGGAAGCGCAUCAUGGAGCUGUGCGGCGGCGGCGGCCAGGUGGCGACGCUGCCACUCACCCACGUGGUCCAGGACUUUCUGUUGGAGUUCCCUUUCAAACUGUGACCGAUUUUAAAGUUUUCAUGGCAAUAUUUUUCAUUUCAACGAGGCAGUUUUCGCCCGGAAAACGGGAUGGGUGUUUGUCGGCGGUCGAGAAUGCUUCGCCAUGGUUACCCUUUGAAGCGUCUUCCCGCUUGGUGCCCGAAAGCUCCAACGUACAUCACGAGAGACAUCCACGGGCGGCCUUCAGCCGGACGCGGCGCGAGCUUUCAUCGAACGUUGCCUCCAGCGGCUCCACCCGCACGCGGACGGAGCGCCUUCGGGUCUCGCGGCUGCGGCAAAAGUUGGAAAAGGCCGCACGGAGAGAAAUCUGCGCGCACGCCGUGUCGUCCUCGCCGACCCCUCCCCUGGGAACCGUUUUGUGGAGACAUUUAAAAGCGGAUUGUGGAAGGACAUUGCGAGCUUCAGCCGAGUGGACUUGUUGGAGGCGGCCGAAGCCGUCGGGCGGCGGAACCGGCGGGAUUGACCUUUUUGUAGCAGACUUUUAAUACUCUAAUGCUGUUGAAUGUUUACAUCUCACACAUGAAUGUUGAUUAAAUGGAAUCGUACUGUAUGUAGGAGGCUCAACUCCUCUCAGGCUGAUAACCUGUUGGGUUAUCCUUGGGUGACUCAGAUACACAAUAAUAGUUAAUAUUAUUUGAAAUAAACUUAUUUAAACU